AUGGCAACAUUGAUAGUCUACGUAGACGACAUGAUAAUCACUGGAGAUGACGCUGAAGAAAUCUCGAGGCUUCGAGAGAAAUUAUCGACUAAAUUUGAAAUGAAGAAUCUGGGAGGACUUAAGUAUUGUCUUGGAAUCGACGUAGCAAGAUCAAACAAAGGCAUAUUUCUCUCUCAGAGGAAAUAUAUUCUAGGCUUGUUGGAGGAGGUGCGAUUACUAGAUUGUAAGCUCACGAACACACCAAUUCUACAAAACCAUGGACUUGUAGAAUAUCCGGAUCAAGUGCUAAUCGACAAAGGGAGAUAUCAAAGAUUAGUAGGAAAGCUCAUCUAA